GAUGGGGUCCUUAACUACUGAAAUGAAACUCAAAAUGUAGCGGUCGCAACUAAAGCGGUGCCUGGGUAGAAAUCGGCGCAGAUGGUCGUGGGAAUUGGGUCACGGACGACACCGACGACCUGUGUCUUGAAGGUUCACUACCCUGAUUUGUUUCACUAUCGUUGGUAGGUUCACUAACGUUGGUAGGUUAACUAACGUGAGUUGGUUAACUAUCGCUGGUUGGUUCACUAACGUUGGUAGGUUAACUAACGUGAGUUGGUUCACUAACGUUAGUAGGUUCACUAUCGUUGGUAGGUUCACUAACGUUGGUAGGUUCACUAACGUUGGUAGGUUCACUAACGUUAGUAGUUUCACUAACGUUAGUAGGUUCACUAACAUUAGUAGGUUCACUAACGUUGGUAGGUUCACUAACGUUGGUAGGUUCACUAACGUUGUUAGGUUCACUAACGUCGGUAGGUUCACUAUCGUCGGUAGGUUCACUAACGUUGGUAGGUUCAAUAACGUUAGUAGGUUCACUAACGUUGGUAGGUUCACUAACGUUGGUAGGUUCACUAACGUUGGUAGGUUCACUAACGUUGUUAGGUUCACUAACGUUGGUAGGUUCAAUAACGUUGGUAGGUUCACCAACGUUGUUGGGUUCACUAACGAUAGUAGGUUCACUAACGUUGUUAGCUUCACUAACGUUGGUAGGUUCACUAACGUUGAUAGGUUCACCGACGUUGGUAGGUUCACUAACGUCAUUAGUUUCACUAACGUUGGUAGGUUCACUAACGAUAGUAGGUUCACUAACAUUGGUAGGUUCACUAACGUUGUUAGGUUCACCAACGUUAGUAGGUUCACUAACGUUAGUAGUUUCACUAACGUUGAUAGGUUCACCAACGUUAGUAGGUUCACCAACGUUGGUAGGUUCACUAUAGUUUUUAGGUGCACUAACGUAAUUAGGUUCACUAACGUUAGUAGUUCUCUAACGUUGGUAGGUUCACUAACGUUAGUAGAUUCACUAAUGUUAGCAGGUUCACUAACGUUAGUAGUUUCACUAACGUUGUUAGGUUCACUGACGUUGGUAGUUUCACUAUCGUCGGUAGGUUCAGUGGCGUUAGUAGGUUCACUAACGUUAGUGGGUUCACCAACGUUGGUAGGUUCACCAACGUUAGUAGUUUCACUAACGUUGGUAGUUUCACUAACGUUGGUAGGUUCACCAACGUUAGUAGGUUCACUAACGUUGGUAGUUUCACUAACGUUAGCAGGUUCACUAACGUUAGCAGGUUCACUAACGUUGGUGGGUUCACUAUCGUCGGUAGGUUCAGUGGCGUUAGUAGGUUCACCAACGUUGGUGGGUUCACUAACGUUAGUAGAUUCACUAACGUUGGUAGGUUCACUAACAUUGGUAGGUUCACUAACGUUGGUAGGUUCACUAACGGUAGUAGGUUCACUAACGUUAGCAGGUGCAGUAACGUUAUCAAGUUCACUAACGUUAUUAGGUUCACUAACGUUGGUAGGUUCACUAACGUCGGUAGGUUCACUAACGUUGGUAGGUUCACUAACGUUGUUAGGUUCACUAACGUUAGCAGGUUCACUAACGUUUGUAGGUUCACCAACGUUAUUAGGUUCACUAACGUUAGCAGGUUCACUAACGUUGGUCGGUUCACUAACGUUGGUAGGUUCACUAAGGUCGGUAGGUUCACUAACGUUGGUAGGUUCACUAACGUUAGUAGGUUCACCAACGUUGGUAGUCUCACUAACGUUGGUAGGUUCACAAACGUUGGUAGGUUCACUAACGUUGGUAGGUUCACUAACGUUAGUAGGUUCACCAACGUUGGUAGUCUCACUAACGUUGGUAGGUUCACCAACGUUGGUGGGUUCACUAACGUUGGUAGGUUCACUAACGUUGGUAGGUUCACUAAUGUUAUUAGGUUCACUAACGUUGGUAGGUUCACUAACGUCGGUAGGUUCACUAACGUUGGUAGGUUCACUAACGUCGGUAGGUUCACUAACGUUGUUAGGUUCACUAACGUUGGUAGGUUCACUAAUGUUAUUAGGUUCACUAACGUUGGUAGGUUCACUAACGUCGGUAGGUUCACUAACGUUAGUAGGUUCACUAACGUUGGUAGGUUCACUAACGUUAGCAGGUUCACUAACGUUGGUAGGUUCACUAACGUUGGUAGGUUCACUAACGUCGGUAGGUUCACUAACGUUGGUAGGUUCACUAACGUUGGUAGGUUCACUAACGUUGGUAGGUUCACUAACGUCGGUAGGUUCACUAACGUUGGUAGGUUCACUAACGUCGGUAGGUUCACUAACGUUGUUAGGUUCACUAACGUUGGUAGGUUCACUAAUGUUAUUAGGUUCACUAACGUUGGUAGGUUCACUAACGUCGGUAGGUUCACUAACGUUGGUAGGUUCACUAACGUCGGUAGGUUCACUAACGUUGUUAGGUUCACUAACGUUGGUAGGUUCACUAAUGUUAUUAGGUUCACUAACGUUGGUAGGUUCACUAACGUCGGUAGGUUCACUAACGUUAGUAGGUUCACUAACGUUGGUAGGUUCACUAACGUUGGUAGGUUCACUAACGUUGGUAGGUUCACUAACGUCGGUAGGUUCACUAACGUUGGUAGGUUCACUAACGUCGGUAGGUUCACUAACGUUGGUAAGUUCACUAACGUCGGUAGGUUCACUAUCGUCGGUAGGUUCAGUGGCGUUAGUAGGUUCACCAACGUUGGUGGGUUCACUAACGUUAGUAGGUUCACUAACUUGAGUAGGUUCACCAACGUUGGUAGGUUCACUAACGUUGGUAAGUUCACUAACGUCGGUAGGUUCACUAUCGUCGGUAGGUUCAGUGGCGUUAGUAGGUUCACCAACGUUGGUAGUUUCACUAACGUUGGUAGGUUCACUAACGUUUAUAGGAUCGCUAACGUUAGUAGGUGCACUAACGUUGGUAGGUUCACUAACGUUGGUAGGUUCACUAACGUUGGUAGGUUCACUAACAUUAGAAUGUUCACUAACGUCGGUAUUCUCACUAACGUGUGUGUGUGUUUGUCUUGUUAAUGUGUGUGUCUAUCUAAGCAUGUUUAUAUGUCCUAGUGUGUAUCUAAGUAUGUGGCUUUGUCCAAGUGUGUGCGUGUGUGUAUAUAUGUGUGCCUAAUUGUGUGUCUAUGUGUGUGUGUGUGUCCAAGUGUGUGUGCAUGUGUGUGUGUUUGUCUUG